GGUCUGGACUCUUCUCCGAUUGCCAAUUGCCUUAAGACCGAGGAACAAGUGCAGAAUCAAGGACGUACAGGUGAGAGAAGCGAUGCCUAUGGGUCGGCAUCGGUCAUGUUCCUUGUCAAGCGUGAAGCAGAGUCUACUUCUCAGAGUUUUCGUGGACUGCCGCUCUCUGUUACUUCAGAGUCGACCAUUAUCACUCCCGCUGAUUCCCUUAAGUCGGAUAAGUUGCAUUCUACACAGCUCCCAGAACCUCGUCUGUCGCUUCCAAGUCCCUCAAGGAGGUCAACUUUGGUUCCAUCUCUUCCUCAGCCCGAGUAUCAACCCGCGGACUCUUCUGUUCCAUCGUCCGCCCAAAUCCAUCUUUCUUCUCCGUCCAUUACAGGACAGGAAACUUCAGCUUCGAGGAGGACUAGCGUCUUAUUUAACGGUUUCCCUGUUGGCCCUAAGAGUUCUAUUCCUCCAAGAACAGGCCCUCUUCCAUCGCCUCUCCAAGAAUUACUUCUUACAACCGACUCUAAAAGUCAACCGCAGUCACAACAAAUGCGUCCUGAUUUUACAAGACCAAUAUCCGUCUCUUCGUGUACUUUUCCAAAUUCUCGGGUUACUGAUGGCGUUUGUUUGGACCCUCAAUUUGAUGAAAGCCUUUUGCUGAAUGCUCAACUAGCCACUAUCUUGGAUUCUCCUUGUGGCCCAAAUAGAAAAGAGGAAGCAGCUAUUGGCAAGACAGCCGUUGGUGACAAAAUGAGGAUAUACAAGCUGACGCAGAGAGAUGAGCAAGAACACAUUACGCUUGCGAAACAAAAGAGGCCAAACACAGAGCAGGGCAACGUAGAGCAUUUGACAACUGAUAAAGGCAAUACUAAUGGGCCUGAUGAGAGAGCUUCAUUUUCCUUUCAGGGUCAUUCAAAAGAAUAUCCCCAAACCCCUCUUAUGCCAGUUCCCUCACAAUCUCUUGGAUAUAUUCGUCUGCCUGACGCCACUCUUGCAGCUUUCACCUCUCCUGCCGACAUCAAAAAAUUUAAUAGCCCCUCUUUCCUUCCUCCGGAUAUGAACGACACACUCACCUUUUCCAUGAUGGAUGAAGCCAUGCUUGAUCAGGCAAUGUGUUAUGGUGUGCCCUUUUGA